AUGCCCACUGCCGCUCUUUCCGCCACCGCGCGCACUCUUUCCACCGAGCCGGCCACCGCCGCGCGCCCGGCCGCCCAUGCCGCCGCUGCCUCUGGCCCUGUUCCUGCCACUGCCAUCAGUGCCCCCGCCGCCGGGCCUGCUGCGGCUGCCACCAGCACCGCGGCCGCCACCAGCACCGCGGCCGCCACCGGCUCCGCCGCCGGCUCUACGUCCACGGCCAGUGGCACAACCGAUGCCCUGCCCUCCGCCGGGGCCAACCCGCUGGCCGCGGCACCACGCGUCUGGACCAAGGACGACUUCUUCUUCGGCCAGCGCCUCGGGGCCGGGCGCUAUGGCGUGGUCUUCCUGGCCCUGGAGAAGUCCACGCGCUAUGUGGUGGCCAUCAAGGUCCUGUACAAGUCGGAGAUCCGCCAGUACAACAUGGAGCAGCAGCUGUGCCGAGAGAUUGAAAUCCAAUCGAACAUCCGUCACCGGCAUGUCCUGCGCCUGUAUGGGAACUUCUUUGACAGCCGGCGCGUGUACCUGAUCCUGGAAUAUGCCUCCCAGGGGCAGAUGUUCCAGCUCCUUCGGGCGGCCGGGCGCUUUGCCGAGCCGCAGGCUGCCCUCUACAUCUACCAGAUUGCCUCGGCCCUGGCGUAUCUUCGCUCGUGCCAUGUUAUUCACCGGGACUUGAAGCCGGAAAACAUCCUGGUCGAUGUUCGAGGGGAUGUCAAGCUGGCGGACUUCGGCUGGAGCGUGCACUCGCCUCCGGCGCCCGGGGCUACUGGGACUUCCCAGGCCGGUGGGACCGCCAGCGGCCGGCGCGACACCUUCUGCGGGACACUGGACUACCUGCCGCCGGAGAUGGCCGAGCGCAAGUCCUACGACGCCAGCGUCGAUGAAUGGUCCCUCGGCGUGCUGGUCUAUGAGUUUCUGAUUGGGACCCCGCCGUUUGAGCGCCAAGACCGCAACCAUUCGACCAGCCCCCGCUGCUUUUGCGGUGAACAGGAGCUUCGCACCCCCUGGGACCGGGCACUGGCCACAUGGUGGCUCCCCCUUGCCCUUCCUCCCUUUUGA